AUGGGAGCUUGUUUCUCUUACAACUCAAGCUACACCUUCAAGAAUGUCUGUGUGGUUCAUUACAAUGGUUCUGUUGAGGAUUUUGAGCAACCCAUUUCAGCAAGCCAAGUUAUUGCCCCAAAACACUUCCUUUCCUCCUCCACUAUGCUUCUUUCCUCUUCCUCAGAGUCACUUAAUGGAGAUACCCACCUUCAACCUGGGCAAGCGCAUUUCAUGCUACCAUGCUCAAUGCUUCAAGCUGAUGUUUCUCCAGUGGAUCUAGCUAGCCUUCCAAAGAGGCUCACCUCAAGGAGGGCCGGUAGAGUUGGGAUGGUAGAGCAAUUUGGUAUGAGUAUGAUGAAUGGAGGUGGAAGCCCUUGUAGAGUGCAGCCAUGGAAACCAAUCUUCGACAGCAUCAAAGAGAGGCCACUCAAAAGGAGAAGUGAGUCGGAUAAAAAUGUUGGUGUUUGGAGGGUCUUGGAUGGAGGCAACUAAAUAGUUGUUUUAGUUUCAUGAA